AGGAAGGAACUGACAAACACGUGAAGAGAUCAGAUAGACUGAUCCGCGGAAGGCGCUGGAACCUUUGGGCGUUGUGUGGUCGUCAUGUUUCUCCAGUAUUACCUCAACGAGCACGGAGAUCGCGUCUAUACGUUGAAGAAAUUUGACCCAAUGGGACAGCAGACUUGCUCAGCUCAUCCUGCCCGGUUCUCCCCAGACGACAAGUAUUCACGACACAGAAUCACCAUCAAGAAACGCUUCAAGGUGCUCAUGACCCAGCAACCACGGCCUGUGCUCUGAGGGUCUCCCUGAUGUUCCAUGUCUCUUCUGCCGCCUGCUACCCUCGGAGACUCCCUAGCCAAGUUCCUCGAUCUCUGAGCCGGGAAGCCUUACCACUUGGGCUCUUUGAAACCCAGUCUCUACCUCCUUUGAUCAUGUUUGUGUGAGACAAUCGUGGGACAUCCCCCAUAAGGGAACAAGCUUAAUUCUUUUUUUUUUUUUUCAUUUUGAAUUACUGUCAGUUUAUUAAAGAUACAGUUAUUU